AUGGCGUCACAAACAGUUUCCGAUUUUGCGUCGACCAUAGACUCUGUUGAAAAGGCCGAUUCUAUUGCUGAAAAAUAUAACUUCCCCAUAGAUCUAGAUUAUCGAGCUCCCAUAGGCACUGAGAGGGCUAACAAUCCACCAGAGGGGAAAAUCACUGUGUACGAGAGGUGGAUGUUUCUCGGACUACGGUUCCCCCUUCACCCUCUAUUUGGUAGGCUAGUGCAGUAUUAUAAGAUCCCGCUUGCUCGAUUUACUCCAAACCUAGUCACUGCCGUCCUUGGUUUUGUGAGGCUUUGUGAAAUAAAGAGGAUAGCGCCUCGAUUGUUGGUAUGGAGAUACUUUUUUAAGGUCUGUGUGCCCUCGACCAAAUAUAAGGAUUGGUAUAACGUGAAGACAAACGUUUCCUCAAAGGCAAAACGUAUAAUAGAACUCUUCUACGGUGCCCCAUCGUGGAAGCCGAAUUAUUUGUUUGUUUCGGCUCCCGACGAUGUUUGUAUGGCCUGGGACUAUCGGGAAGCUCAUGAGAUGGGCGGUGUGGCAGACGCCUGGUCCAAACACGAUAAGGCUAGAAUUGAGAGGUACAGGGUGGACAUUGAUUCCUUGGAAUCUGUCGAGAACAUCCUGGGCUACACGGAAGUGCAACAUUACGUCAUGUCAUCAAGCAAAGAUACCGUUGGGUUGUUUGGUGACGCCAAGAUUUUUGAAAUUAAAAAUUCAGAUGAUGAGGGAUCGUCCAACAAGGUUACCAAGAAGAGGAAGCUGAGAAGGCUGGUGAAGGCGUCCGAUGCUACCUCUCCCAUUAUUGAAGAGGUGGAGGCUCCAAUGCCCGAGGGCCCGGUACCCGAGGCAGGUCCAGCGACGGAGCGGCAUCCGGAGUGGUUCAAGCCGAUUGAAGCCUCUCUCGAGAAGAAAAACGUCGAGGACACCGACGGUUCGUCAUCAUACAUUGCUGCCGCUGCCAUAUAUCAUUUUGGAGACAAUAGGAUCGAGUGCCCCAUCAUCGAGGAGGUCGCGGCGACUUUGACGGAGGAAGAAUCGCUGAAAAUGUCUUCAGCUGAGAGAGGGUUCCUGGAACAAGAGAGGCAGUCGAGUGAAGCCUCGAGAAAGGAGGAGGAGGCUCUGAGACUGGCUAGGGAGCAGGAGCUGGCCGGUGUUCAGGCCAUGUACAAGGAGCUUGAGGCCAAGCUGUCUGAGUGCAGGGAGAUUCAUGUUCCCCGAUCCGAGUUAUCGGCCUGGAUAACGCAUUUUUGGUCAAGGAUGAUGUCCACGGAUGGGCUGGCAAGUAUUCUGGUAGGCAUUAGUAAUGAGGCUAAGGUUCUGGGGGGACAUGGCGUGGCUGUUGCUGCCCUUAAAAGGAUGGAAAGUGGGAAGACUAUUAAUGCUGGAUGGUUGCAGCAAUUUAUAAGGCCACAUCCCAAGAAGACACUCCACGAAGCCCUCAAGAAAGGAGUGCAGCGACUUUCCGACGGCCAACUUCCUCUAUUUGGGCCGUUGUGUGGCGCCGUUCCUGAGAUGAAAUCCUCAACGGAGAUUUCAUCCUUCGAGGGGGAGGUCCUCACGGUGCUUCCCGAUGACGCUGGAGAAGAGGUGCGCAUGCCAGAGUUGGCUCCCGACUUCAUCGGCGUCGAGGUGGAGUGGGAGGAGGACUCUUCGGAGGGACCAGUCGAGGACGAUGGACAAAGCAAUCCCAAACCAGAGGGAACGUUAGUCCCUCCUUCUGCUGAGGAAACCAACGAAAACCAGCCAACACAGCCGCAGGGCCAGAAGGAAGAUUUGUACUUUGUUCAUCAUUUACAUCUACUGAUUCUCGAGGAAGAGGAGGUUACUCAAUUUCCCUUGUACGCGAUGAUCUCCUCGAUUAUGAGGAAAUCCGGGGACGUCCACAAUACUAGCAAGGUGAAGUCUCUCGAGAAAGAACUUUCAGAUGCUUUUAAAGCACUGAAUCUACGGACACAUCACCGGUUGAUAAAGAUCCGGACUGAAUGUUUUAUCGCCGCCAUUGACCUCCUGAAGAAAAGAACCAAGGAGGUGGAGUUCUAUUCGAAGCAAGCUGCCAUUCUGCAGAAUAUACUGGCGGACAACGAGAUUUUCUUGCCCAUCCUUGACGACCUUGAUCUGGAGGGCAAAGCUCGGGAGCGAGCUGCUGCCGAGGAAUAUCUUCUUAGAAUCGAUGACCAAGACUGGGAGAUUCUAGAUUUAAAGGAUAAGCUUGGGCACUGUGUCCAUAAGCUUAGGUCGAUGGGGUGGUCCGGCCUUAUUAAGCCUUCUCGUUUUAACCCGAAGGGGAAAGACCUCCGGAUUUAG